AUGGCCACCACACUCCUCAAAGGCGGGACGGUCCUCAUGCACGGCGAGGAUGACAAGGUCACGCCGGCCCUGGUGGACAUCCUCAUCCAGGGUGGCCGCAUUGCGAACAUUGGAUCCAAUCUGUCUCCAGAGGCGGGCUGUGAUGUGGUCGACUGUGCCUCCAAAAUCAUCUCACCGGGCUUCAUCGACACGCACCAUCACAUGUGGGAGGCACCGCUCAAGGGCCUGUUUGGUGACUGUGCCUUUGUACCAUAUAUGGCAAUCAUGUACACGGCCAGCCGAUCCCUGGAAGCUGAGGACUUCUUCUGGGCGAACCUGGCGACGGGUAUGGAGCUCCUCGACGCCGGCACGACGACGGUUCUGGACCACGCACAUGCCCAGUGGUCACCGGAACACAGCAAGCAAUCCAUCGCAGGGAUCCUGUCGGCUGGCAUACGGUCCAUCUACGCCCCAGCGCCGACUCUGCAGCUCGACAGUGAGAAACCCAAGGCCAACUUCGUGCUCGGCGGGGCUCUCCCAGAGUGGUUCAUGGAGACGUUCGAGUUGCUGGCUGCCAGCCAAUCGAUCCGUGAAGCCGACUCUCGGCUCAAGCUUGGUUUUGGCUUCGACAUUUAUUAUCUGCCCAAGGAGACUAUUCAAGAAAUCUUUCAAAGGGUCAAGUCCCUUGGCGCCCAGAUCAUCACCUCACACUACAUACGUCCCCACGGAGAAAAAAGCUACAGUGUGGCCGCGCAGCUGCACAGCUAUGGCCUGCUGGACGACAAGAUCGUUCUCUCGCACGCAGGCGGCGCAACGGCAGAGGACGUCAAGCUCAUCUCCGAGGCCAACGCCUACGUUGCCGUGACGCCCAGUUCGGAGAGCGCCAUGGCAGUAGGGCCGCCCGUCGCCUUCCGGGAGGGAGACCUGAACAUGGACAAGAACUGCGCAUUGGGCAUCGACUGCGCAGCCUUUGGCAGCGGCAGCCUUGUCCAAGAGAUGCGUCUAGGGCUUCAAUCGGCCCGCAGGCUGGAUAGCAUGGCGCACCAUGCGCAUGGGACGCUGCCGAAGGGCGUCUUUCACACAACGCACGAGGCAUUCAACAUGGCCACUAUCCACGGAGCACGCGCUCUGUGCAUGGAGGAAGACAUUGGGAGCAUACAGAUCGGCAAAAAAGCCGACCUAGUAGUGUUUGAUGCGCUGAGUCCGUCCAUGGCAGGUGCGGCGCAACAGGAUCCAAUCAUGGCGAUUGUACUGCACUCCAACGUGGGGGACGUGGACGCCGUCAUGGUAGAUGGACAAUUCAGGAAGAGAGACGGCAAGUUGCUGCCGGCGCGGGAGACCGUUUGGACUGACAACACAACGCGCAAUUUCGUGGAGACGGGGAAAACGCUGAGCUGGCGAGAGAUUGCGUGCUCGCUGUUACAGAUCCAAGAAAGAUUUGUGGGGAGAUUGAAAGACUAUGAUCUGGACCAUAUUGCGACGAGCCUGUCAUCAUUGUUUCAUUUCCCAGAGUAG